UAAAAUAGUCAUUCCAUUUUGUGGGCUUUUCCAUCAGCAAUUCCACCUUCACCGCCAACUCCGUGACUCUGAUUUCCGUCGCCUCCGUCGUUAUAGUCGACCGCCGGCACGCUGCAUCGCAAUGAUGCCUUCGGUGAUCUCCAUCUUCGUCAUCUGAAACCCCCUUCCAAUCCGAGUCGCCUACAGGCUUGACCCCCUUGGAAUCAGCCAUCGAUCGCCACCGACACGGUUGCUCUUCUAUUUUCAAUAAUAUCUUCUCAUUUUAGGUUUGGAAGGUCUGUUUAUUUCUUGCCUUUUAUAUCUUCCAAUCUUAUCAAUUUGUGAUGCAGAGUAUCUUCGAGGGAUAGUCUAUGAUAAAUGAAGCGUCUUUGUGGCUGUUAUUGCAUUGCAAACUAUUAGAUUCAAUUAGGCAGAAAGAACUCAACUUCUUUAUUUAUUUAUUUAUUAAAUAAAUAAAUAAAUGUUUGCUGUAAGAACUCAACUAUUAAAUUCAAUUAGGCAGAAACAACUCAACUUAAUUUGCAUAGCAUAGUUAUAUUACAAAUGUUAUAUUUUUGCACUUUGUUAAAUCUUCUAUGCUAAUCUUAUCAUAUCCUUUUUCUUCUUUAAUUACAGAGAUUAGGCAAUGCACUGAGAUACUAUUAAGCGACUGCUUGCUGUGUGUCUUCCUCAGAAGUUCUGCAUUGAUUGCAUUUAAUUAUUGUUAUUUAAGGACCACUAAGUUAGUUGUUCUCAAAGUUGAACAAACAGUUUUUGCUUGGUCUGCAAUCUGCAAAGAUUUUUGCAUCAUGUCCAAUGCACGCUCAUACGGCGAUGAUGAUCAUGCUGUGAAAGAAAAGAGAAUCCUUCCUCCUGGGGUCAGUUCUAGAGACGCAAAAGACAAGUCAUAUGGAAAAGCUUUGGUUGAUGCUUCUAUAGGGGAAUUAAAUAAUGUAAAAAGAAGCAACAAUUCUGACCCACCUGAAACGUCUCAAAAUAGGAAGGAUUUUUCAAACUUGCUGGAAGGUGUAGUAUUCGCACUGUCUGGGUUUGUUAACCCUGAAAGGGCUGCAAUACGAUCUCAGGCACUAGAGAUGGGGGCAAAAUACCGACCAGAUUGGACCUCAGAUUGUACAAUUCUAGUGUGUGCAUUUUCGAAUACUCCUAAAUUUAGACAAGUCAAAUCUGAUGGUGCUACGAUCGUGUCAAAGGAAUGGAUAUUUGAGUCCUACAUCCAGAAAAGGCUUGUUGACAUUGAACCUUACCUUAUGCAUGUUGGGAAACCAUGGCGAAACAAUAGCAAGCAGUUUGAUACCAAUCAAGAUCAGAACGUUGCCCAACAUGAAGAAUCUCUAACACAAUCUCGGAAAUCAGAUAUGAAGUUUAGCAGAUCCAAAAGACAUGUGGAAACUACUGAUGUUGAUGGUCAAUUUUCUCCUUCCAAGAUAAAAAAAUGGGCAAUAGAUGAUUUGCAUAAAACAAUGUCAUGGUUGGAGAGUCAAGAUGAAAAACCAGAUGAGAGUGAAAUCAAAAGUAUAGCUGCAGAAGGAAUUAUUACUUGUCUUCAAGAUGCAAUUGAUUCUCUCAGUCAAGGUCAUGAUGUUCGGCUUGCUAGUGAGCAAUGGAAGUUCGUUCCUCGUGUUGUUAAAGAGCUGGUGGAACUUGAGGAGAAAAGCAGUAAAAAACCACCAACUUCGAAGAAAGUGCUGCAUGAGUUAGCUUUAAAGUGCAAGGAGAUUUAUGAAGGCGAGCUUUUGCUUGUAGAUAACACUAAAAUAAAACAACAGAAGAUUUUUCAUGCUGUGGAGGGAGAACCUGCGGAUGAUCCUGGGGCGGACAGUGAUGACACAAUUGAAAUGACAGAAGAAGAAAUUGAGCUUGCAUACAGACAAUUUUCUGAGAGCUGUGAAUGUCCUAGCAAUAGGAACUUAAGCAGCAACUCAGAAGAAGGAUGAAUUCUGCCCUUCAGAAAUUCCAACUUCAGUCAUUGCCGUUCAGAUCUUAACGUAAGACUUCAACUUCAAUGAAAUCGUAGAAGCUACACAGGAAUGAAUAAGAAGUUGAAUUUCAGUUGCUGUUGAUCAGAAUCAGCACACAGAAUUGGCACUAAACAGUGCAGUGCAAUUGGGAAAUUUCAAGUUCUAUAUCUUUGAAAAUUCAUGCUCUACAUCAUAAUACUGGUUAUGAAAUUCCUUAGUAGAUGUGUAGGAGCAUCCUCUUAAAAUAUUGUUAUCAAAGAUUGCAUUAACAUUUGAUUGCAGCUCUUGAAUUCCAACUCCAGCAAU